AUGGCUGUCGCGGACCCCCAGUCCAUGGCUAGAAUUCUAUACUAUGCUCAGGAAAAAUAUUUCAACCAUGUUAUUCAAGCAACGAACAUUGAACUGUCAAAACAUGCUCAUGAUCCAGUGCUGCUAUUUUUCAAGGGUCUUGGAACCUUGUUUCUGGGCCGAAUCCAAGAAGGCAUCUCACUGCUUGAGAAUGCCCAGAAACGACACGUUGAUGUUUCCUUAUGCUGCCUUCUAGGUCUCAUUUAUGCUCACAAAAGAUGUGAAAAUGUUGAUUCAUCUGCUGUUUUGGACUUAGAAACCAAGUUGAAGGAAGCACGCAAAACUGCUGGAAGCAAUGCACUGUAUUAUGCAGGGCUGUUUCUGUGGCUAAUGAAUAAGAAUGAUAAAGCAAAGGAGUAUAUUGACAAAAUGUUGAAAGUAUCUAAUGGAGCAAAAGAGGGGCAGGUUUUGAAAGGUUGGAUUUAUGUUACCUCUGAUAAACAGCAUUCUGUUAAGAAAUCUAUUAAAUACCUGGAGGAAGGAAUUCAAGACAAUACAGAUAUAUUUGGGAUGAUGGGAAAGGCCAAGUAUUUCAUGGUGCAUCAGAAUUAUUCAGGGGCUCUGGAAAUAAUUAGCCAGUUAGUGGUCACUUUUCCUUCCUUCGUGCCAGCCCUUGUAACUAAGAUGAAACUACAUUUAGCAAUGCAAGACUGGGAGCAAAGUGUUGAAGAAAGUAAACGCAUCUUAAGCAAAGAGCCAAAUGAUAUAGAUGGACUCCAAUACAUGGUGAUAAACCAUCUUGCUGUCACUGGUAAUAAAAGCAUGGCAUUACAUCUGCUUAGAGAAUUUAUUAUUGCUUUGGACAUGAAAGAGCCUCAAAGACCAGAAUUUCACUUCCAAAAAAUGCUGGUGAUCACUAGACUGUCGGGGAAGAAUCAAGAUAUCCUUCACGAAGUGUCUGACUUCAUUAAAACCGCAUGUAGUAAGCUCCUAUCUACUGAUGCACGUUUUGCAAAUGAAUUAGGAUAUCAGCUAAUCUUUCAAGGGAAGUGGAAGGAAGCUUCUAUGUGGUACAGAAAAGCCAUAGAUUUGGAUGAAAAUACCGUAGAUUCAUUGACAGGGAUUAUAUGGUGCCAGGUGCUUGGAGGAAAGCUAGAAGAAGCUGAACAACAAUUAGAGUUCCUAAAAGAAGUUCAACAGUCGAUUGGAAAAUCUUCAGUUCUAGCUUAUCUGCAGGCUGUUAUUGCUUCAAGGAAAAACAAGAAUGAACAGAUUGCUGGUGCCUUUCUCAACGAAGCCGCAGAACUUCAUUUUUCUGCUUUGCAUGGUCUUCCUUUGAGUAUUGAAUAUUACGAAAAGCUCAACCCCAUGUUUCUGAUUGAAAUUGUGAAAGAAUAUUUGGUCUUUUGUCCCAAACAGCCCCGGUUACCUGGCCAAGUUUUAUCUCCCCUUCUAAAGCAAACAACAAUAAUUUUGAAUCCACUAGUAAAAUCAGCUCCUGGGAUAAUAGAGCCUCUUUUCCUCAUGGCUCAAGUUAAAUAUUUAUCCGGAGAACUUGAAACUGCCCAAGGUACAUUGCAACGUUGUCUAGAUCUGGACCCAACAUUAACAGAUGCCAAUCUUCUUAUGGCCCAGAUUCACCUUUCUCAAAGAAACAUCAAAGAAUGUGCCCAUUCACUCGAAAUAGGGGUUAGCUACAAUUUUCAGCUUCGUGAUUCUCCACUGUACCACUUCAUCAAGGCUAAAGCAUUGAAUAAAGCUGGGGAGUAUCCUGAAGCGAUUAAAGUCUUAAAAAUGCUUAUCAAUAUACCUCAAAUGAAAGGGGACGCUAAGAAAGGCCAGGGGCCCUUUGUCACAAUGAGUGAACAGGUCUCCAUUUAUCUGGAACUUGCUGAAGCUCUUCGACUUAAUGGGGAAUUGCAUGAAGCUACCAAGAUAAUGCAAGAUGCCAUCAAUGAAUUUAGUGGGACCUCCGAAGAAAUCCGUGUCACUGUUGCUAAUGUAGAUUUGGCUCUCAGUAAAGGAGAAGUGGAUUUAGCUUUAACAAUGCUGAGGAAUAUCACUCCCAAUCAGCCAUAUUACACUGAAGUUAAGGAAAAGAUGGCUCAGAUUUACCUCCUGAUCCGAAAAGAUAAGAGAUUAUAUAUUGGAUGCUAUUGUGAGUUGUGUGAAAAUUUGCCGAGUCCUCAUACUAGUCUUCUCUUGGGUGAUGCCUACAUGAAUAUUCAAGAGCCUGAAAAAGCUUUAGAGGUCUACGAAGCAGCUCAGAAGAAGAAUCCCCUGGACGCAACAGUAGCACGGAAAAUUGGGCAAGCUUAUGUGUACACUCACCAAUAUAACAAGGCUAUCAAUUACUAUGAAGUUGCUCUCAAGAUGAGUGAACAGGAUUUUUUGUGUCAUGAUCUUGCUGAUCUCCUAUUAAAACUCAAAAAAUUUGGCAAAGCUGAGAAAGUUCUGAGCCAAGCACUAGAUCAUGAUCCAGUUGAUGAUCUACCUUCAAUGAUGAAAGAUGUGAAAAAUCUAAUAUUAUUAGCAAAGAUUUAUGAGACAACUAAAAGAGAAAUUUUUCUGGAAACCCUGACAAAGGCUUAUGACACCCAACAAAGGAUAUUAAAGAGAGUUCGUGUGGAGCAGCCAGAGUUGAUCCCUCCUCAAAAACAAAUGCUUCUAAAAAUCUGUGUGCAAUUUGCCAAGUUCCAUCGAUCAGAAAAGGAAUAUGAAAAAGCUGUGAAGUACUACUCAGAGGCCCUGGCCUGCGUACCGACUGAUAAUAAGAUAAUUUUCGAAUUAGCUGAACUAUAUUUGAUACUAGGAGACACAGACCAGUGUGAGCAUUACUGUUCUCUCUUGCUUCAAGACAAUGAGUGCAGUGAAAUUGGAACAAUGAUGUUGGCAAACCUUAUGUUUAGAAAAGAGAAAUAUGAGCAAGCCAUAAGUCUUUACCGGAAUGUUUUGGAGAAAACCCCUGAUAAUUUUUCGGUUAUGGAGAGCUUGAUUGAUUUGCUGAGAAGAAGUGGUAAACUUGAUGAAGCUACACCCUUUUUUGAACUAGCCAAGAAAAAAUCAAUUCGAACACCUUUGGAACCUGGCUAUAAUUAUUGCAUGGGACUUUACUGUUGGCAUCUGUGGCAACCUAAUCAGGCUUUGAAGUUCUUCAAUAAGGCUCGUAAGGAUAGUGAUUGGGGCCAGAAAGCCCUUAGCUAUAUGAUCCUGAUAUGUCUAAAUCCUGACAAUGAGAUAGUAGGUGGAGAGACUUUUGAGAAUCAAAAUACUACAGAUGCCAGUAACUUAAAGGAAAAAAAAGAAUCUGAACAGCAUGGGAUACGUACAGCUGAGAAGCUACUUAAGGAAUUCUAUCCUCACUCACAGGAAGGCCAGAAUCAAGUGGAAAUGUUGCAGAGCUACUGUUUAAUGGCCACAAAAGAAAAACACAAUAUGGAGAAGGCUCUGAAAGUGUUUAUAGAAAUGGGACAAAAUGAGAGAGACAAUGUUCCUGCCAUUCUGGCUAUGGCUCAGGCCUACAUGCUGCUUAAACAUACAGCUAAAGCCCGGACCCAGUUAAAGCGCUUGAUCAAAGUGAGCUGGUCUCUGCCAGAUGCUGAUGAGUUAGAAAAAGCUUGGCUGCUAUUGUCUGAUAUCUACUGCACAUCUGGGAAGUAUGAUCUUGCAACUGAGCAUGUGAAGCGCUGCUUACGAUACAAUAAGUCAUGUGCAAAAGCUUAUGAAUGCCUGGGAUUUAUUGCCGAAAAGGAGAAUGCAUAUAAAGAUGCUACAAUGAACUAUGAAUUAGCUUGGAAGUAUAGUAACCAAGCAAAUCCUGCAGUUGGAUUUAAACUGGCAUUCAACUACCUGAAAGACAAGAAAUAUGUAGAAGCCAUAGAUGUAUGCCAUGAUGUUUUGAAGGCAUACCCAGAUUAUCCAAAAAUUAAAGAGGAAAUUUUGGAAAAAGCUCAAAUGUCAUUUAAGCCUUAA